CCAUGCUUGGACUCUCUGGUACGCGCCAUUGAGCGACAAUGACCACCCUGGGCCCGCCUAUAUAGCAAAGCGCAACGCACGCGAGCGCCGCCCAAGAUGCUCUACGACCUCAAUAUCGCCUGGUCGCCCAGCACCAGCAGCGCGCAGCUCCAACGGACCCUCAAGUUCGCGUCCUCGCUGGGCUACGACGUUGUUGCCCUGAAUCACACCGUCUCGGCCCCGAUCCCCUCGCAGGUCAUCAACCCGAUCCCCCUCCUGACCGCGCCCCCGCCUUCUCACCCGCAGCCCAGCCCGCUCCCACCAUCAUCAUCCUCCUCCUCCUCGUCCUCCUUUCCAGACAAGCUCCCAACGACUCUACGGCGCGCCACAGUCGUCAUCUCCGACCCAGCAACCAACCACCGGCUCGCCUCCUUCGCAUCAGCCUACGACGUAGUAGCAGCGCGCCCGACAACAGAAAAGGCCUUCUCGGCGUGCUGCACGACCAUGGCCGAAUUCAGCCUGAUCAGCCUAGACCUGACAGCCUCCCUGCCCUUCCACUUCGCCCCGCGCACCUCCAUGGCCGCCGUGAGCCGGGGGAUCCGCUUCGAGAUCUGCUACGCCCAGGCCCUCGGCGCCGAGGACGCCCGGGCAAGGUCCAACUUCAUCGCCAACCUGUCCGGGCUGGUGCGCGCGACCCGCGGCCGCGGCCUCGUGCUGAGCAGCGAGACCGCCAGGCCGCUCGACCUCCGGGCCCCCGCCGACGUCAUCAACCUUCUGGCCGUGUGGGGGCUCGGCACCGAGAGGGGCGCCGAGGCGCUGGCCGCGAACCCCAGGGCCGUCGUCGUCAACGAGGGGAUCAAGAGGAGGGGGUUCAGGGGCGUCGUCGACGUCGUCCGGGCCGCGGGCGGUGGGCCCGCGGGCGGGAAGCCGGGCGGGGACGGCGAUGGGGACGGGAAGCCGGGCGAGAAGAAGAAGAAGACGAAGGGGACGGAUGGCGGCAAAGGAGGGGGUGGCCAUGGACGGAAACAGAAGGAGGGAAAGGCCGGCGCCAAGGCGGGCGGCGAUGCUGCCCAGGGAGAGCCGCGCCAGCAGGGGCAGAAGAGGAGGGGCGAGGACACCGAAAACGCCUCCGAAGAGCCGAUGGCGCCUGUCAGCAAGAGACAGGCAAAGAAGAUGCGGAUUGGUACCCAGGAGGAGGGUCCUCCGGCGGGCAAAUGAAGGGCGACAAAAGUCGUGGGUGUUGAGGGGGGUUAGAUCGUGUACGAAUGUUUCCGGGACUACGACGGCGUCUGUCUUCUAGAGAUACCCACCCAAAAACUGAGCAUGGGCUCAAGCAUAGGGGAGGCAAUGCCAUCAUAGAUUUCUAACUCCAACAAGAGCUGAGGGGGUCUUUCCCUUGGACUGUUGUAACAAGUUCAUUUUUCUCCCUGCCUGCUUGCUUUCUUUCUUUCUUUGCUUUGCAUUCACGAUCCACGGCGAACCUCGUCUGCAACCAUAUACAAGCUAUCAUUUAUUUACACUAA